UAAACGCCGAAACCUUCACUUCUUUUGCAUUUUUUUUCUUUGUGGAAUAUCAGGUUUUGUGAAACGGGCUACUCAGUCGCAUGUUUCACUUAUUUUCUUGAGAAAACGAUGUGGUAUUUGACAGUGUUUUGUGCCUGUAGCAGUAAAUAUUAAGAGUCCACGCUUUCUUUUCCCCUGAUCUACCUAAUCAUAAGCUCUUGACCCUUUUGUAGCCUAUAAAUAUAAAACCUCUUUAAGGGUCAUAUCAGGUUAACACAGAAGUAUAAUUGAACGGAAUACCAGAAUCUGCGUGUACGUGUUAAUCCACACGAAACGCAGUUUGGGUGAAUUUAACUAUAAUUUAGGAAAAUCCACAAACCUCACAGCCAUCUGUAAACUGCUGGGCGGGGUAAACUUAAGAAUUAUUUAAAAAGUAUAAGCAGUCAUACAGGCUGUAUACUAAUGGAAUCAUUCCUGUUAAAAGGCAGGGCGAGAAGGCUAUGAGAAACUCUUUUGUGGGUUUGACUUCUAAAAAAAAAGUUUUUAAUGGAAAACAGAUGGUGCCCAGUGUCUUGUCAGUUAAAAAGAGCACAGCCAAUGAGAUCUCUCUUUGCUCUUUUUAAACCCUCCCAUUUACUUUCUAGUUAAGUUUGGGUCAGAGGUAGAAGUUGAUCUGGUCUGAAAUUCCUGCAUUUGGCUAUAGAAAUUAAGGAAAAUCACUGCAACUGUUUGUCUUCACUCCCCGGUGGCAUUUUUAACGCCCCCAUCUCUUUCAUUCAGUGAAUUUUAUCCAGAUCAAUGCAACAUUUUUUGUUUUAAUCUCGAAAUUAAAAUGUGGGACAAAGUUUUGACAGUUUUCUUCUUAAAGCUGUCGUGGACUGUGUAUAUUGCAUCUGCGAUUCAAAGGACAGACCUUUUUCCCUAUGGGACACAAAGUGGCGAUUUGAUUCUUCAAGAGGGGGACGAUGAAACAUCCGAAGUACUCAGACUGAAGAAGCCCAUGUUUUUUUACGAGGCACAGUUCAGCGAACUCUAUGUGGCCACCAAUGGAAUCAUCUCAGCUCAGGAUCUUCCCCGGGAGACACAGUAUGUGGACGACGGCUUUCCCACGGACUUCCCAGUCAUUGCACCCUUCCUGGCUGAUAUCGACACCAGCAAGGGGAAAGGCACAGUCUUUUACCGACUGGACGAGUCCCCCAGCGUCUUACUGCGGGCUGGAGAGGAGGUCAAGAGAGGGUUUCCAGACAGCAACUUCACACCCACCCACGCCGUUAUCGCCACCUGGGAGAACGUAGGCCUUUACGAGGAGCUGACCCGUAACUCUGAGCCUUCCAACAGGGUGAACACUUUCCAGGCAGUGCUUGCAUAUGAUGAGACCAACACGUAUGCACUGUUCCUCUACCCUGAGGAUGGGCUCCAGUUCUUUGGCACCCGUCCCAAAGAGUCUUACAAUGUCCAUCUGGAGCUGCCUGCCCGUGUGGGCUUCAGCAGGGGAGAAAUUACCUACCUGAUAUUCUCACGCACGGAGGGGCCUUACUACAGUGUCACCAGCACAGAACAGACUGUCAAGGACCUUUAUCAGGUGGGAAACUCAGGUGUUCCAGGGCUUUGGCUCUUCCACAUGGGGAGCAGUUUCACUCUGCCCAAUGUUGUGCCUGCAGUGGCUGGGGGAGUUCAUGCCGAGCAUGGCCCCGUGGCCCCAGCUCUGGAGAGUGCCUCCAAUGGUCCCCUGCAGCCUGAGCCAGACUAUCCUGAAGAGGAUUACCCCGAGGAGGACUAUGAAGGUGAAACAGACCUUGAGUAUCCAACCACAGACCUUCCUGACCUGGCUUCAAAAAAGCCGACAGUCCUUCUUCCCUCCUAUCCCGGGACCCAAGAGCUGGGCCCUGCUUCUGUGCAGCCGCCCCCUUAUUCCGUGGCCGAAAACGGGCCUGACUCAGAGCUCGACCGUCUAUAUCCAGAGGCCUCCAACACCGACCUUCAAACAGAGCCCCCUCGGAUGGAAGUCCCUGCCACCCAAGCUUCCCUGUCUAGAGCUUCCCGUCCCAGGGCAAAUCCCCAGCUCAGAAAUCUUCCUUCUGAAGACGGCAAGGCGCCUGAGCCGUCCACCUCCCAGCCUGCCCCCGCUGAGCUGGACUUGCUGUCAGUCUAUCCCAUUGGCGAAGUGGUCCCCAUCCUGGAGAGCACACCCCCUCACAACCCAGGCGGACACGUCGUCAGUGUGGAUGAAGUUGUGAACUUUGACAGUGGGGUAAUUGAGUACAGCACUGAAAACAAGGAAACCUGUUCUAAAUUUCAGCAGCAUUGCUCCCAGUAUGGAUAUUGCACUGAUUACUCAUCGGGAUUCUGCUGCCACUGUCAGUCUGGUUACUAUGGAAAUGGAAGACACUGUUUGCCCAAUGGAGCCCCUCAACGUGUGAAUGGCAGGGUGAGUGGCCAGGUGUCAGUUGGUGCCACUCCAGUGGAUCUGAGCAGCGUGGAUUUGCAUGCCUAUGUGGUUGUGAGUGACGGGCGUGCCUACACUGCCAUCAGCCAGAUCCCAGAGCCUGCUGGCUGGGCACUGAUGCCUCUCUCGACCAUCGGGGGGCUUUUUGGCUGGCUCCUUGCCCUGGAGCUGCAGGGCAGUGAAAAUGGCUUCAGUGUCACAGGAGCUGAGUUUACACGCUAUGCUGAAGUGACUUUCUACCCUGGCAAUCAGCGUCUCAGUAUUGUCCAGACGGCCCAGGGGCUGGACUCCCAUAACUACCUCACUGUGGACACUCGUAUCAAUGGGGAAAUACCCUUUGUCCCUCCUGGUGCUACUGUACAGAUUGAACCUUUCAAGGAGACUUACCACUACCACCCAUCAGUGGUGACAUCCUCCUCUGUGCAUCAGUACAAGGUGAUGUCCUUGGAGCAGGGGUCUGAGACGUUCUCCUACCAGCUGCGUCAGAACGUGACUUACCGGGACUGCCGACACGGCCCUCAGGGCGGCCCGGCGAUGAGGCAGCUCUCGGUGGAGCGCGUCUUCAUCAUGUACACCAAGGAGGAGCACACCCUCAGAUUCGCCGUCACAAGCCAGAUCGGGCCCUUCGGAGUGGAACCUACACCGGUCAAUCCCUGUUAUAAGGGAACUCAUGAAUGCGACACAAGUGCCCAGUGCCUACCGGGUGAGGGGACUCAGUACCAGUGCCAGUGUGCCACCGGAUACAGAGGAGAUGGACGCAACUGCUUCGAUAUUGACGAGUGCACAGAAGGCCUCAGUAGCUGUGGCGCUCACUCUGUGUGCAUCAAUCUGCAGGGAAGCCACCGCUGUGAGUGCCAGAAUGGUUAUGAGUUUGGGUUCGACAAACGCACCUGCAUUGACAUUGAUGAGUGCAGGACUCAGCGGUGUCACCCCCAUGCCAUAUGCUAUAACACACUGGGCUCCUAUGACUGCCAGUGUCUCUCGGGGUACGAGGGAGACGGGUUCCAGUGCAUACUGCAUCCUGUGCGCCCCAAGACGCAGUGCGAGCAGCACAGGGAUGGGCUGCAGGGAGGACUCAGGCCCCGGGGACACCGGCCCUCCGUGGGGACUUUUGUGCCCCAGUGUGACGAGGAGGGCAACUACCGGCCCCUGCAGUGCCACGGCUCCACGGGACACUGCUGGUGUGUCGACAGCAGCGGCCAGGAGCGGGUGGGGACGCGGACUCCGCCGGGCACACCUCCCGUCGACUGUAUGACCGCGACCUCCGAGCGCCCCAGGACACAGUGUGAGCAGCACAGGGACGGUUUGCUCAGCUCCCUCGCUACCACGCCCAUCAGGGGCGCCUUUGUGCCCCAGUGCGACGAGCGGGGCAGUUACCGGCCCCUGCAGUGCCACAGCUCUACGGAAUACUGCUGGUGUGUGGACAGCAAUGGGCAGGAGAGAGCCGGGACGAGGACUCCCCCAGGCACAGCACUCCCUGACUGUGACCUGCCAGGCCCCUUACAACGCCCAGAAACCGUGUGCGAGCGCUGGAAAGCCAGCUUGAUUGAGCAGUACGGAGGCCAGCCAGCUGCCCACCAAUUCCUGCCUCAGUGUGACGAACUGGGCCAGUUUAAACCCCUCCAGUGCUACGGAGAAAAUUACUGUUGGUGUGUGGACAAGGAUGGCAGAGAAGUGCCGGGAACACGCUCUCAGGACACUGUCAAACCUGCCUGUGUCCCAACAGUGGCCCCUCCCAUUGUGAGGCCAACGCCCCGCCCUGAUGUGACUCCGCCUCCCAAGGGCACCGCACUGCUGUAUGCCCAGGGCCAGCAGAUUGGCACACUGCCACUCAAUGGCACAGAUAUGGACAAGCAGAGGGCCUCUGUGCUGCUGGCACUGCAUGGCUCCAUUGUAGUUGGGAUUGACUACGACUGCAGAGAGAAGAAGGUUUACUGGACAGAUUUAGCAGGACGGACGAUCAACCGAGCAAGCCUGGAAUUAGGAGCCGAGCCAGAGACGGUCAUUAACACAGGGCUCCUCAGUCCCGAGGGCUUGGCCAUAGACUCCCAGAGGAGGACAAUGUUCUGGGUGGACAGUGGACUUGACAAGAUUGAAAAAGCCAGGCUGGAUGGUGGGGAGCGGAAAGUUAUGUUCGACACAGAUCUGGUCAACCCCAGAGCUAUUGUAGUGGACUCACUCCACGGAAACCUUUACUGGACUGACUGGAACCGUGAAGGCCCCAAGAUUGAGAGCUGCACUGUAGAGGGACACAACAGGAGGGUGCUUGUGCGCGAUGGCAUCGGCCUGCCAAAUGCCUUGACCUUUGACCCCUUAACCAAACAGCUUUGCUGGGCUGACGCAGGCACAAAGCGACUGGAGUGCAUAGCCCCCGAUGGAACAGAAAGACGUAUUAUCCACAGCAAUCUGAACUACCCGUUCAGUCUGGUGGCUUACUCGAACCACUUCUACUACACAGACUGGAGAAGGGAUGGUGUCAUUGGCCUGAGCAGAGGCACAAGCCAAUUCACAGAUACAUACCUACCUGAUCAGAGGUCUCACCUGUAUGGUAUUACAGUUGCCUACUCCAGUUGUGUACCAGGGAGAAAAUGAUGGACGCAAUAGGUGCUAUUUGGGCAGGAUGGCGUACCGAUACGCCAAAUACAUUCACAAACCUCUUGUAAUUUUUUUAAAGUAUUGUAAAUUUGUUUUAUACCUCAGUUUUACUACUGUAUUUUGGUGUUUUUUAAAAAGAAAGAAGUGACAGGGUGCUAAAGACCUUCCUCGGUACUCAAGUCUUUGCUCUGUUCUUUGUCAUUUCUACACAAGUCCUUUUUUAAUAAGUGUACAAACAUGCAGUGUAUUUUUAACCACACACUAAAUUUUCCUUUAGAGUUAACUGUGAGGCAAAAAUGUGUCAGAACCUUUUACUACAGUGUUAAUUUUUCCUUUAUCUUUUUGUAAGAUGUAAUAUUUAUACAAUUAAAGAUAAAAUUCAGGGCUUGUA